GCCUCUCUCACUCUGACAGCGCCGAGGUGCGCCGAGCAGGAGCGGGGAACAAAGGAGCGGAGUGGGGAGGGGAGCGCGUUGGGCGAGGGAGAGCCCCCGGGCGGCUGCCAGAAGCUCCCGGCAGGAGGAAGCCCAAGUGUCACUUGAAUUCCACCCAAGGAGCGGGCGACUGGGAUCCGAGCGCCUUGUUUAGCAAUAACGGCUGGAACACGUCCUACAAGUUACGGGAGAGUCUCUGUGAAGAGGACGAGCGCUUCUUCCCUGUGGCCCAGCUCCUGGCUCCUCCGGACCCCAGCAGUGCGGCGCUGGGAGGCGAGCUCCAGGAUGAAAAGCAAGAAAGGAGUUGUUGCCGCGUCAGGCAGUGAGACUGAGGAUGAGGACAGCAUGGACAUUCCCUUGGACCUGUCCUCUUCAGCCGGCUCAGGCAAGAGGAGGAGAAGGGGCAACCUGCCCAAGGAGUCGGUUCAGAUUCUCCGGGACUGGCUGUAUGAGCACCGAUACAACGCCUAUCCCUCCGAGCAGGAGAAAGCAUUACUGUCUCAGCAAACUCACUUGUCGACACUACAGGUCUGUAACUGGUUCAUCAACGCCCGUCGCAGGCUCCUCCCUGACAUGCUGAGAAAGGAUGGCAAAGAUCCCAAUCAGUUCACAAUUUCCCGCCGUGGGGCCAAGAUCUCGGAAGCUAACUCUGUGGAUUCGGCAGUGGGCAUCAAAAACUUCCUGCCGGCUUUAGAGGAGACCCCAUUUCAUUCCUGUACAGCUGGACCAAACCCAACCCUAGGGAGACCGCUGUCUCCUAAGUCGGCUUCGCCAGGAUCGAUCUUGGCCCGCCCCUCGGUGAUCUGCCAUACCACUGUGACUGCAUUGAAAGACGUGCCUUUCUCUCUCUGCCAGCCAGUUGGGGUGGGACAAAACACAGACAUCCAGCAGAUAGCAGCCGGCAACUUUACAGACACCUCUCUCAUGUACCCAGAGGACAUGUGUAAAUCUGGACCAAGUACAAACACGCAGAGUGGUCUUUUCAACACUCCUCCCCCGACUCCACCGGACCUCAACCAAGAUUUUAGUGGAUUUCAGCUUCUAGUGGAUGUUGCACUCAAACGGGCUGCGGAGAUGGAGCUUCAGGCGAAACUUACAGCGUAACACACCAAACCCUUCUCAGAAAUGUCAUGGCUGCCGGGGUGAUGGCAAGAGAUAAACUGCAUUAUUUUAUAUAUUUUUUUAUUAAUAUUUGCACAUGGGAUUGCUAAAAUGAAGCUUCCUGUUACUGAGAUCUUCAGUGGAAUACAGUCAUUCCAAGAACUAUAAACUCAAAGCUACUGUAGAAACAAAGGGUUUUCUUUUUUCAAUGUUUCUUGGUAGAGUAUUGA